CUCUGCGCGUCCUGGGGCAAGGCCAGGGGCGGAGCCGGGGCUGGGGCCGUGUCCCGACUCAGAACGCAGCGGGGCGGGGCCGGGACUCCAGCGCUGCGCCGCGUCCGAACGUCGAGACCCCACCGAGGGCGGGAAGGGGACUCUCGGGAGCCGCAGACGCCCGAGGCCCACGCCGCGCGGGACCGGCCAGUGGUCACUCCCGCCGACGGCCCCGGGCCCCGACGGCCCGGAAGUCCCGCGUGUCCGGGGGCACCGGGGGAUCGGCAGGGGGGCGGCGCGCGAGGCUCCCCCGGGGCGGUGACUGCUGAGCCCCGCCCGCCAGGCGGCCCCACCCGCCUGCUGUCCUGGGGCGCCGCCGCCCCGCCGCCCGCAGUGGACCGCUGUGCGCGAACCCUACGGUCGCCACCCGAGGCCGAGGCCGGGUACCUGGGCUGGGAUCUGGAGCAGGCGGGCGAGGGCAGCCGCCCUGAGCAGGUACGGGCGGGAAGCGGGAGCCAGAUACGGACAAGGGCGACACAGACACGGGACCGAGGGGCGGACACCGGAGAGACACGGGAAAGGGGUCGGGACAGGAGCACGUGGCUCAGACACCGACGCCAGGAGGCCGCAGACCCCGGACGUGUCAGGCAUCCCCGCAGGCCCAGAGCGAUGGCGGCCUCGAUGACGGUGGGAACCGGAGCCCCACCCGCGCCUGGUGACCUCUCCGGGGAAGGGAGCCAGGGACUUCUCGACCCCUCGCCAGAGCCCAAGCAGCUCCCGGAGCUGAUCCGCAUGAAGCGAGACGGAGGCCGCUUGAGCAAAGCGGACAUCAGGGGCUUCGUGGCCGCUGUGGUGAACGGGAGUGCGCAGGGCGCACAGAUCGGGGCCAUGCUGAUGGCGAUCCGACUUCAGGGCAUGGAUCUGGAGGAGACCUCGGUGCUGACCCAGGCCCUGGCCCAGUCGGGGCAGCAGCUGGAGUGGCCAGAGGCCUGGCACCAGCAGCUUGUGGACAAGCAUUCCACAGGGGGUGUAGGCGACAAGGUCAGCCUGGUCCUCGCACCUGCCCUGGCGGCAUGUGGCUGCAAGAUGCAAGCGCUGCUGGAGCAGGCGGGCUGCUGUAUCGUGGGUCAGAGUGAGCAGCUGGUCCCUGCAGACGGAAUCCUAUAUGCAGCCAGAGAUGUGACAGCCACCGUGGACAGCCUGCCACUCAUCACAGCCUCCAUCCUCAGUAAGAAGCUCGUGGAGGGGCUGUCUGCUCUGGUGAUCGACGUUAAGUUUGGAGAGGCCGCCGUCUUCCCCAACCAGGAGCAGGCCCGGGAGCUGGCAAGGACGCUGGUUGGUGUGGGAGCCAGCCUAGGGCUUCGGGUCGCGGCAGCGCUGACCGCCAUGGACAAGCCCCUGGGCCGCUGCGUGGGCAACGCCCUGGAGGUGGAGGAGGCGCUGCUCUGCAUGGACGGCGCAGGCCCGCCAGACUUAAGGGACCUGGUCACCACGCUCGGGGGCGCCCUGCUCUGGCUCAGCGGACACGCGGGGACUCAGGCCCAGGGCGCUGCCCGGGUGGCUGCGGCGCUGGACGACGGCUCGGCCCUUGGCCGCUUCGAGCGGAUGCUGGCGGCGCAGGGCGUGGAUCCCGGUCUGGCCCGAGCCCUGUGCUCCGGGAGCCCCGCAGAGCGCCGGCAGCUGCUGCCUCGCGCCCAGGAGCAGGAAGAGCUGCUGGCGCCCGCGGAUGGCACCGUGGAGCUGGUCCGGGCGCUGCCGCUGGCGCUGGUGCUGCACGAGCUCGGGGCUGGGCGCAACCGCGCUGGGGAGCCGCUCCGCCUGGGGGUGGGCGCCGAACUGCUGGUCGACGUGGGUCAGAGGCUGCGCCGUGGGACACCCUGGCUCCGCGUGCACCGGGACGGCCCCGCGCUCAGCGGCCCGCAGCGCCGCGCCCUGCAGGAGGCACUCGUACUCUCGGACCGCGCGCCCUUCGCGCCCCCCUCGCCCUUCGCCGAGCUCGUUCUGCCGCCGCAGCAAUAAAGCUCCUUUGCCGCGAAA